AAGACGUCAUCAGCCUCGGAAUAUGACCGUGUAAGCGGUUGCUUUCCGUCGACUCGAGGACUUAUAAAUAGCGGGAUCAUGCUGCAGCUUAGCAGUCGAUAGGUGCCAGACUCUGAACAAGCCUUGAUAUAGUGGAACCUUGUUCACUCCUCACAUGCAGCACCACAAAAAACCCGUCCAGCCACACCCAGCUUGUUCUCAGGAGCAUCAGGAAUUAAGUUCUCGGGGCCUCGUCCAGGCGCGAUAUUUGCCCAGGAUUGGCACUGAGCUUCGUCUGAAAACAAAUCGUAUCGAAUCGUAUCGUGUGAGUCUGAAGCCCAAGGCGUCGAACUGCAUGACAGCAUGUCUCCGUUCUUCGCGUCUUGAUUCUCUAACGUGCCAACCGGACUGGACUCGCUAUGGGAUUUGGAACGGAGACGAAUUCGAUGGUGUGUCUAACACUGCACUUGUCCCUCCUCCCGUGUGGCAAUUCUGAGCCAAAGCUGAUCGCAAGCUGGAGAAACAAGGCUCUAAGCGAGUAUCUGGUCGCAUUCUUCCCUGAAAGAGUCUGAUUUCUACUUCCAGGUGACUCCGAAGGAUUUUCGCAUAAUCUGGGCACGCGCAUUUCGUCUGGCCCCAGGCACCUCUAGCUUGAAACCAGUGUCUGCCGAGUUUGGACUAAGUAGUUGAAUUCUCUGAUUCGAUAGCAGCUGAUAUUGGUCUGAACUAUGACAUCAUCCAUGGGGUUCCUAUCUCUCGCCCAAGGGCGACCACUGCCGGUACCCACGGCGACUGCUGCAGCAGUGGAUUCACACAGCUCGAGCGCCAGGUUUCCAGGCCUGGCCCAGCCUAAGAUCUUCAACUAUCGCAGCAGACCGAAUUCGAAGAGCGACUGCCCGAAAUCUCGUCAAGACUUGCACACUGUGAGAGCUACGUUGGCUACAUCUCGGCCCUCUUCCUCGAAGGGCGGUGGAGAAGGGUCAGUCUGCUCACCGCCUGAGAGCACCAGCGUUGCCGUCGAGGACAGCCCCAGUCAGCGGCAGCUGGAUCUGGACCUGAGGAGCACUUUGUCGUCAAGAAAAGGGGAACGCUUUGAAGAAAAGGUGUUGCCACCAGCCGCGACUGCAGAUGUCGAAAGUCCACUGUCAGCAGCGAAAGGGAUACGUGCUCCUCAGCAGCAGCUGCGGCGGCGGCGGGAGGACUCACCAUCCGCGCCAGCAGCAGCUGGUCGCGGAUUCUUCAAAACUCUGGCCAACAAUUUGUGCAAUGGGCUCGAGGAUAUUAUUCGGAGAGGUGAAAACCCUCCAGCUCACGCAGAUCCCAAAAACAGCGUCAUGAAUAAAAACACCUACUUCGCUCCCAUACCCGAUGAGACUCCCGUGUACCGAGACCUGGAGGUGACGGGCGAGCUCCCAGCUUGUAUGGAGGGGGUGUACCUUCGCACGGGGCCGAAUCCGCAGCUGACGCCGUCCGGAGGCUACUGCUUCUUCGACGGGGAUGGCAUGCUGCACUCGGUGCGCAUCAAAGACGGCAAGGCAUCGUAUUGCGCCAGGUUCGUCCGCACGAGCCGAUUCGAGCAAGAGCGGGCGGCUCAGCAGCCGCUGUUCAUCAAACCUUUCGGGGAGCUGCACGGCAUGUCCGGGAUCGCGAGGAUGCUGCUUUUCGGGCUGCGCGCCUCGCUGGGGCUGGUGGACGUGUCCAGGGGCUGGGGCGCAGCCAACACAGGUCUCACUUUCUUCGACAAGCACCUGCUGGCUAUGUCGGAGGACGAUUUGCCGUACAUAAUCCGCGUGAAGGAGGACGGGGAUCUGGAGACUCUCGGGCGGUACGACCUGAAUGGUCAGCUGUCUCGGGCCAUGACCUCGCACCCCAAAGUGGAUCCCGUCACGGGCGAGCUCUUCUCCAUCACCAGCGACUUCGGUGCUGCACCUUAUCUGAAGUACUUUGUGGUUUCGCCCGAUGGAGUCAAGGGCCCCGACGUUCCGAUCAACAUCAAAGAGCCCAUGAUUGCCCACGACUUCGCAGUCACGGAGAACUACGCCGUGCUCCCGGACCUGGACCUCGUGAUCAGCAUGAACAGCAUGGUCCUCGGCGGCGCGGCCAUCGGUUUUGACAAGGGCAAGGUGUCCAGGCUCGGUGUGCUCCCGCGCUACGCGACGGAUGACGAGCAGAUUCAGUGGUUUGAGCUCCCGGAGUCGUUCUCUUUUCACUACUGGACCGCCUGGGAAGAAGGUGAUGAGAUCGUUCUGACGGGAUCCAUUCUAGUCCCUGCUGAAAAGUUCUUCACCACUCAGAGACUGGAUCUCAGGUACGAGCUGACUGAAAUUCGGCUCAACCGAGCCACUGGUGUGGCUUCUAAACGGGCGCUGGUUCCGGAAUUGAACCUCGAGUCCGGUCAGAUCAAUCAGAGAUUCUACGGGAGGAAAUGCCGAUAUGUGUACUUCGGUCUGCUGGAGGCGCUGCCGACAUGGGUUCGGUUGACAGGAGUCGCCAAAAUUGAUCUUGAGGCAGCUAUGGAGAAUUCAGUGGAUUCCUCAUCGGGACCUGUCGUGGGCAUCAGGGAUUUCAUCCAGGAGGGCUGCCUGGGUAGUGAACCAUUUUUCGUGCCACGAACUGCUGAUCCGGAUGCCGCUGAAGACGAUGGGUAUCUCGUGACUUACGUGCAUCAUGAGGCCACGGGUCUAUCUGAGCUCUUGAUUCUGGAUGCUCGCUCUCCCACACUCGAGACUGUUGCAUCCGUGAAGCUCCCAGCGAGAGUUCCUUACGGCCUUCACGGAAUCUUCGUUAGUGAGGAAACUCUUUCGAAGCAGGAAUACUAGCUGCAGUAGACACAAGGUUGCCAAUGUCGAGCCUCAGGUGUACGAUGUAAUAAGCAGGUUCGAUCGAUAUUCACUUUAUACUAAGCGUCCAUGGAAAUUACUACAAGGGCUCCUUGAUAUCCACUCUCUAUAGCAGCGAGUGUUGUUCCGUGCCCACUAUCGAAUUAGCUUAUGUUUCCUGUAGUAGUUCUUGCGUCAGGAAACUAAAUGAGAUGAGAGCAGUAGAUGUACAGAGUGCCACGGAGAUGCCAAAAACAAUAAUUUUCCUUCUGCUCGAUCUCCAGAAACUAUAUAUUUGUCAGAUCCUCGUUUGAGAUGCAAUUGUACAUUCACAUGGAGAACUUAAUUUUUUUCUCCCGAGCCAAACACUUCCACC